CACAGUCUUUUACCAGUCUCCGAUCAUCCCAAAUUUGCAUUUCUGAUUCCGAUCGGCGACCAAAUCGUUGAAUUCCGCUUUGAGCUCCGGCACCGUCGCCGGCGCUUCCUCUUACGCAACAAUGCAACAAAGCGAUUACAACUCCAUUCCCUACACCCAGUAUCCCCCAAAUCCCAAUCAUGUCCCAACCUCCACUCCCAAUUUCCUCGAUCAUCAUCAUCAUCAUCCACCGCCACCACCACAACAGUCGUCCUAUGCAUCCGCUCCACCCUUCGCUGCCGGAUACCCUCCAGCUUCCGAUUACUAUUCUUAUUCGUCUUCUUACCCACCUCAUCCUCAACAUCCAGAUGCAAUCCCAACUACUCCUUCUCCGAACUUCCAAUCAUACAAUCCACAGCCUCCUCCUCCUCAGCCUCAACAAGCUCAGCCACCCGCUACAUUUCCGCGAUAUGAAGCUUCCGGAGACUACCAACCCCCUUCCCAACCAAAAUCCUUAUAUCCACUUUACGAUCAAACCCCGAGCUACGUUCCCCCAAUCCAAAGUCAAACGCCUAAUAGUUCGUAUCCCUCAAUCUACCCGUCCCAGUAUAAUAAUCAACUAAGUUCUGAACAAGAAGUAAUGUAUAAUAAUAUCAUCAAAUUCGAUCAACCUAGAGGAUAUGUGGAUGAAACUGCGGGUAGAUAUGGCAGUUACGGGUCUGGUAGAGCUGAAUUGGGACAUCACUAUGGAAAACGACCUGAGAGACAAUAUGGGAUUGAAGACGAUGGUGAUGGAGUGUAUGCUUAUAAGGGUAGUAAGGCUGAACCAUACGGGGCUCGAGGUACGGCCCCGGGGUCGUCAACUUGGUCUAGUUUCGAUGACUUCGGGAGGCCAAUUGGACAUUCUUCGGAAAAGAAUCGGCCUUUGGGAUUGACCACAAAGACUGUCCGAGCUGUUCCUAAAGCAGAGACACAGCACGAUGCCAAUGCUGGAGUGCAGAAGUUCAGAGUUAAGCUGCUGGCGGAAAGCGGUGGUCAGAACACCCAAGAUGUUCUUUGUCAGAUUGGGUUGGAUGGAAUUCGUAUGCUGGACCCAAGCACCAGCCGGACAUUGAGGAUUUACCCUCUUGAUACAAUUACUGGAUGUGAAGUGUUCGAUUCAUCUACCAUGGCCUUUUGGUCAAAAAGCACUGUUGACAUUGAACCAAGACGUAUCAGACUGAAGUCAAAUAGUUAUACCACCACUACCCUCUUAGACACAGUAACAGCUGCCACUAUUCAGUUUAAAGAGAUUGGUGGAAGAAGUAGACCGGCUGAAUCUCACAAGGUGGCUGAACAGUCUGGUGAAAAGAAAAAAGGUCUAGGGGAUUGGCUAAAUGUUAUGAAGCCUGUAAAUGAGGAGAAAGAUCAUUGGGUCCCUGAUGAAGCUGUUUCCAAGUGCACAGCUUGUGGUGCAGACUUUAACGCUUUUAAUAGAAAGCAUCACUGCCGAAAUUGUGGAGAUAUAUUCUGCGACAAGUGUACGCAAGCAAGAAUUGCUUUGACAGCUGAUGAGAACUCUCCCAUUGUUCGUGUUUGUGAUCGAUGCAAGGCUGAGGUUUCACGUAGGUUAAGUAAUGCAAAGGAAGCUGCCAGUAGAUCGACUGUGUCGGAGAGCCAUGAAGACCUUGCUAAGAAGCUUCAGGAAGAGAUGGAGAGAAACUGCAAGAUAUCAUCUGGCUCCACCAGAUCAGAACUGGGAAGGCGGAUGAAGGAGGUGGCCUGCCCAACCUGUACAGUUCAUUUACAGGUUCAAGUUCCGAGCUCGGGUUCAGAAACCAUAGAAUGUGGGGUUUGUCAGCAUCCUUUCAUUGUGACUGCUCACUGAUCUCCCUUGUGUCAUUAGCUUCACGCAUUUAUGUUCUUCAUCUAUUGUGGUUCUAUCUCCGUCCAAUUUGGUCAUUCACUCUUGCCAAUUGCCAUGACUUGGUUUGUUGUAUUUACUGGUCUUGUGGUUUACUUUUUAAUGUAAACAAGCUUAUAGUUGGUGAUUGCCAUGAAAUGUAAUACUCCGUAUAUAAGUAUUGCCAUGAAAUGUAAUGGAUAAGUAUGUACUGAUAAUUUGAUGUUUUGAGUAACCACAAAAACUUCAUAUUUAUGCUUUGUUAAAAAUAUAACGGAGUAAUUUAUUUCAAAAUUUACUUG